AUGGCUCCCUCACCGGACGUCUCCCGAUCCGAUACAAUCGACGCUGCCAGUAGUGAAGCAACUCCUCUCCUCGGGAACCCAGAGUCCAGUCGCCUCUUGACAAACUACGCCGCCACAGCAUCAAUAACAACCAAUGGAGAUACAUCGACCAAUAGCUCCAGCAAGAGUCCUCCCCAACUCCUCAGCAAAAAUGCCACGCUCUCCAGCCUUCCCUCCAAACAGAAAUCAGACUCAGCCCAGCCUAUGCCCUACAAGCAAGUCUUGAUCCUCUGCUACGCUUCCCUGGCAGAACCCGUAGCAUACUUUGCCAUUUUUCCCUUUAUCAACGAGAUGCUCUCGCGCAAUGGCAAUCUCCCCGAAGAGGAUGUUGGGUUCUGGAGUGGAACGAUUGAAUCUCUCUUCUCUCUUGUUCAGAUGGUUCUGAUGAUCUUUUAUGGGCGAAUGGCAGACCGUGUCGGACGAAAACCGAUUCUAGUCUUCUCUCUGACCGGCGUCAGUAUCGCCACAGCACUUUUCGGAUUGAGCAAGACGUUAUGGCAGAUGAUAUUCUUCCGAUGUCUGGCUGGUGUAUUCGCCGGAUCGGUAGUGACGGUGAGGACGAUGCUUUCGGAAAUCACGACCAAGGAAACUCAGGGAAGGGCAUUCAGUUGGUACAUGUUCACGAGGAAUAUGGGGAUUUUGGUGGGACCUUUAAUUGGCGGCGCUCUUGCCAAUCCUGCCACACAGUAUCCUGGAGCGUUCGGCAAAGUACAAUUCUUGGUCGAUUAUCCAUAUGCUCUCGCCACGUUCGUCGCAGGUGUUAUUUGCUUGAGCGGGACACUGUGCUCUCUGUUCUUUUUGAAGGAGACCCUUAAUCGCAAACCCUCCGCCUCCACCUCCACGACCCAACCACCUGAACCACCCAUGUCAACCCUCCAAGUCCUCCGCUCUCCAGGCGUCGGUCUCGUCCUUUACAUCCUCGCUCACACCAUGACCCUCGCCCUAGGCUACACAGCAGUCAUGCCGGUAGUCAUGUACGAACCCGUCGAAAAGUCCGGAUUCGGCUUCUCUCCCGCCUACAUCAGUUACUCUCUCGCCACCGUCGGCGCAGCCCAAGCACUCUGGAUUCUUCUCGUGUUCCCUCCACUACAAAAGCGAGUGGGGAGUCGAAGAGUGCUCCUGUGGUGUGCGAUCCUCUGGCCUUUCUUCAUGGCUGCAUAUCCCAUUUUGAACGAAUUCCUCCGCGCGGGGUGGCAGACGGCAUUUUGGAUCGUGACCCCAAUCAUGCUCGUGUUGGGAUCGGGUGUGAGUAUGGCUUUUGCUGCCGUCCAACUCCUCAUCAACGACAUCUCCCCCCGUCCCGAAGUCCUCGGGACUGUAAAUGCCCUAUCAUUAACCGUCAACUCGGGUGUUCGAGCCGUAGCUCCCGCCCUCUUCACAUCCAUCUACGCGAUAGGAAUCAAGCUCGGGUGGGCAGAUGGGCAUUUGGUGUGGUUUGUGAUUGUACCUAUUGCUGCAUUGCUCUAUGUUGCAGCAAGUUUUCUGCCGCUGGAAGAGAUGCGAGAUGAUGAUGCGCCCGUCAAGGGAGAUGGGAGAGCAGGAGAUGAGGACGAGGGAAGAGGAUAG